AUGAGAUCUGCAAUCUUACUCGCAGUAAUUCCAGCAACAGUACUCGCUCAUGGUAUUUGGGUUAAGAACCCAGUUGAAGGUGAAGAUGCCUACUGGAGAAUCAAGCACAGCAACACGAUAGAAUGGGGUGCAGAUGGUCAUGACAACCCAGAAGCUUUCAGCGUAUACCUUAAGAAUGACAACCCAGAUGUCGAUGGUGACAACCUUGGUAUUGCAAACAAUGUCAAGACAGCAGAUGGUAAAGCUGAAAUUGGUGAAUUGCCAGAUUAUAUCAAACCAAGCGAUGGAUGGAGACUCGAGUUUGUCCAAGUCGACGACAUCAACAAUGUCUACACCUCCUCAUCAGACUUCAACAUCAGGGAGAAGGAAGCACCAACACCACCAGCACAAGAAGGUGAGGACAAUGAUGACGUCAAUGAGGACAGCAUUGAAUCGAAGACUGAAGAUGAGGAAAGUAAGACAUCAGAACCAAACCAGAGCUCUGGUACAGCAUCUGUCUUGAACAUGCCAACACACACUAGCUCAAGCUCAAGUUCCAGCUCAAGUUCUUCAAGCUCUCACUCAAUUCCAAACCCAACACAUAACGCUCCUUCAAGCACCGAUGAGUCAACUAACCAAUCAGCUGAUGAAGAUGAUUCUGCUGCUAGCGCUGCUACCAUCUCUACUAUCCUUCUUGGUUCACUUUCACUCACAUUGGCAGUUACUCUUUUCUAAUGACUUACUAAUGAAACUAUAAACUAU